AUGAAUCAAAGCCCAACGAUUUAUGUGCUUAUUAAAAGAACAGACGAAGUUGAUUGGGCAACCCCUCUCAAGAAAUAUAUUCAAACUACCUAUCAAGAAGAUCCUGAAAAAUAUGCCGAUGAAGCUAAUGCUAUUCAUCGUUUAAGACAAGAUAUGAGAGGUGCGGGCAAAGAUGUAACUGGUAGAGAUUUAUUGUAUCGGUAUGACGCCUUUACACACAAAGCAACUUCUCAACAUUCACUUGCAUAUGAGAAAGCUUGUACCAUUUUUAACAUUGCAGCCAAUCUAUCUGCCAUAGCUGCUUCUGAAAAUUGGUCAGAACAAGAAGGGUUUAAACGAUCUUAUAAUUUUUUUCAAGCAUCAGCAGGAAUGUUCACCUAUAUUAAUGAUAAUUUCUUGCAUGCUCCUUCAACUGAUUUAAAUCGUGACACUGUUAAACUAUUAUCACAAUUAAUGUUAUCACAGGCUCAAGAAUGUAUGUUUGAACAAAGUUUAUGUUCAAAGAAAAAACCAACUUUAAUUGCCAAGUUAGCUGCUCAACUUGGAUGGUCUUAUGGUAAUAUUGUUGAAAAUAUGGCUGACCUUAUUUCAAAAAGCACAUUUGAUAAAAGUUGGUCAACUGUUUGUCAGAUUAAACACAAAUAUUAUUCAUCAAUUGCACAAUAUCAAAAGGCAUUGGCUUGUGAAGCAGAAAAUAAAUAUGGUGAAUGUGUUGGUCGUUUGAAUAUUGCAGAAAAUUUUGCAAAGGAUGCAAACAAACUUGGCAAUAAUUUUGUUUCAUCUUUUUCUCCAACAAACACACCUACACUACCCCCUGAAGCUGCAACUUCUUUACAAGAUCUAACAAAAUCAAAUCUUGCUCUUGUUACAGAAAAAAAAAUUUCUGCAACUCGUGAUAAUGAUUUAGUUUAUCAUGAAGUUGUACCACAAGAAAGUAUUAUUUCUCCAAUUGAAAAGGUGAAUGCUGCAAAAACCAUUUUAAUUUCGGAUCUUUAUGGUCCAAAUGAGAUCCAAAAGGUCAUUGGUCCAGAUAUAUUUCAACGGCUUAUUCCAUUAUCAGUCCAUGAAUCUGCAUCUUUGUAUUCUGAAGAGCAAUCAAAAAUGAUACGUGGUGAAACUGAAAGAUGUGAUCUGGCAGAUAGUGAAUUAGAUACUGCAUUGGAAUAUAUGAAACUGCCUGGUAUUUUGGCUAAGUUCAAAGAAACUAAUGACACCUCUAAAUCAAUAAAUGAAUUAGCAACACCUACUCCUGAAGUUAGACAAUUGGCUAAUACAAUCCAAGAAGAAGAGCAACAAAAGGGUUCAUUAAAUGAGCUAAUUAUAACAUUAAAUGGAUUGAAAACCCGAUCUAAAGAAUUGUUGAAUGAUAUUAAUGCUCUUUUGGAAAAUGAAAAAAAAGAAUAUGAAUCUCUGAAGUCCAAAUAUCAUAAUUCUUGGACACAACCAACUUCGUCAUCUCUUAACAGUGUUUUUCAUCAAGAUUUAUCAAAUCAUUGUGACACACUUGAAAAAGCUACAAAUUCUGAUAGACACUUGACUCAAUUAUAUGAUCAUAUAAAAAAUGAUAUAAAAAUUUUGAGCAAUGGAGAAAAUGAUGAAGAACUAGAAAAAUUAUUUGCGGAAACAAUUGCAUCUAUUGUUGGUAGCAAUAAUAUUGCAAAAAUGAGUGAAGAAUCAAAAACAGGCUCUGAAAAUCCAAAUUUUGAAGAACAAGUUUCUAAUAAAGCACAAAAAAUUGAAGAAUAUUUAAAUAAUCUUCAAAAGAUCAAAAAAGAAAGAAUGGAAACCUUAAAAGAUUUAAAAGAAAAGAUACACCAAGAUGAUAUAUCACACAUUCUUAUUCUUAACAAGAAGAAUCAAAACAUCGAACCACAACUUUUUGCCACUGAGCUUGAAAAGUUUUCACCUUAUAAAAAUCGUAUCACUGCCAGUAUUCAUCAUCAACAAGCAUUAUUACAAGAGUUAACCUUACAUUAUAAAAGUUUAAUGCAAGGUAACGAAGCAAAAACUUUACAAGGACAAUGGGAUCGCAUUGAGCAUCAAAGAAAAACUAUUUCUGAAAAAUUAAGAAAAUCCAAAGAUAAUUAUUUUGAAGUCAAAGAAGGACUUAGAAAAGGAAUUCAAUUUUACGUUGAUUUGUUAGAUUUAAUCAAUACUUUACACAAAAGUGUACAACAAUUUUCUGAUUCUCGUCAAAAGGAGCGUAAUGAUCUAAUUCAAUCUAUUCAAAAACAGGAUCAACAAAGAUUAAAAGAACAAUUAGAAAUAUUGAGUAAUGCUACAAAUAGUUCAAAAGUUGGUUCAUAUGAUUCUUUGGAACAAAGAUUGGUUGAAGAAACUAGUAAAAUGUCUCUCAAUACAACUAAUGUGCUAAAGGACAAUAUUUACAAUAGUCCACCACCAUUAUUACAGCAGCAACAGCAACAGCAAAAUAGUGGUUAUGGAUUACACCAAUCCAUUCCACAACAAAUAAGUACACAAUUUCAAUAUCAACAACCACCUCAAAAAACCUUUUCAAGGCCUACAAGUUUGUAUGGUUCUACUUCUCAGCCAUUACAACAAACACCACAACAGCAACCAUCACAAAAAACCUUUUCAAGACCUACAAGUUUGUAUGGUUCUACUUCUCAACCAUUGCAAACACCACAACAACAAACUCAAUCACAACAAUUAUCACAAGUGCCUCAACUACAACAGGCUCCACAACAGCUGCAACAGCAGCAGCUACAACAACAACAAUUACAACAGCAACAAUUGCAACUACAACAAUUACAACAGCAACAGCUGCAACAACAAAAAUUACAACAGUUGCAACAAAUCACAAAACAAGCUAAUAUAAUAAGUUUGCCACACUAUCCUACACCAUCUGUUAUACUUCCUCAACAACAUCAAACAAAUAUUUUGCAACCUCAAGGAUUUAAUCAACCUUUGCAAAACUCAAAUAUACAACAGCAGCAACAAAAUUAUUAUCAAACUACAUCUAUUCCAUCUCCACAAGUCACCAACCAAUAUUAUCAAAAUACUGUUCAUCAUAUGAAAUAUUCAUUUUCAAACAUCAAUCAGAUAUCUUUUAUUGAAAGCGAUGAUGAUACAUUCGGACACGCUUAUAUGAGUUGUGAAGAAAAAUAUUUGUUACGACAAUCAGAUUACAGAACUCCUCAGACUGGAUCAACAAAUGUAAUAGGAACUGGUAUUUAUCCUCAACAAUAUUUAACCUCAACUUAUCCAAAUAAUGCAUCAUAUUUACAAACUAGUAACAGUAAUAUGAAUCCUAUGAUGUCAAUUACAGGAACUAGAUCUGUUUAUCCAGUACCUGUUGCAUCUCUAGCAUCAAUAACAGGAAAUGGUAUGCCUGCUGCAAAACGUGUUGCACUUGCUCCUACAACAACAACACAACCUAUUCAAAACAUCUAUCCUAAUUUAGCUCAAAAUCAACUCCAAUUAGCUCAAAAUCAACUUUAUGGUAGUAGUGGUAAUAGUACUUUCUCUAAUCAAUUGAUAAAUACUGUAAGAACCGCAAACACUGUACCAACUCAAACCUACUUAGGCACAGAUGGCUCAAGUAUUGAUGGUAAGACAGUCGGAUCAUUGCAACCUAAUUAUGUUUCUUCAAUGCAAAAUAUAAACAAGUAUUAUGAACAAUUACAAAAACAACAACUACAACAAAAACUUAACCCAAUUGCCAAUAAUUAUAAUUUAAUAAAUAAUUCACAUCCUGCUGCUCAACAGAUAAACCAUACUAUUCAAAAUCCAGCUCAAUCAUUUGAAAAUCAAAUGGAUUGGUUAGAAUUAACUAACGAUGAAGAUAUUGUUUAUGAUGAUCUUAGUUACAAUACUGAGUUUUCUAGCACUAGUAAUAUAGAAGGAAAUAUAUCAGAUUGGGCUCAUGGUUCUUUAUUACAAAAAAAUAUUAACUAUUCAAAUCAAAAUCUUUCUUCAAAAUCUUCAUGUCCACUAAUUAGUCCAAAUAGUCACCAAAAAAAUAAUUCACAACAACAAGAAUCACAGCAACAGCAACAAAAGCAACAAAAUGACAAAGAUCAAUCACCACUACAAUCACAACAAGAUCAACAAAAAUUAGAUCAAGAUCAAGAAUUGGUUUCACAACCAGUUCAAUCUACAUUACAAUCACAACAGCAACAGCAACAUAAUGACAAUUCAAAUCAACAAUCUGCUACAAUUGUACCAACCAAUUUAUUGAAUAUAUCAAAUGCACCACCACCAAAACUUCAUUUACCAACUAAUCAAGGAAUAGCUGGUAGAAGAAACCGUCAGGUUAACAAACAAUCUGAAAAAAAUCCUUCUGUUGCUAAUAAUAUAUCACCAAUACCUUCAGUCUCAUCACAAUUUCCUAAUCAACCAUCUUCAAUGCCAACUACAAACCCUAUUACCACUAAUACCAUUAAACCACCCAGAUUAGUUUAUGCACCAAAAACACGUAGAGUGGAUAGUUAUGGUGGUUUAGAUUUAACAGUUUUUGAAAGGUUGCCAUUGCCUUUAAUUGUACCAAUAAUUCAAGAUUUAGGCGCUGUUGAUAUUCAUGCUCUUACAAUGUCAUUAAAAUCAGGAAUGAAAUUGGAAGUUACAAAUGCACUUAACACAUUAACAACAAUUUCAAGUCACAAAAGUGCAUUAGUAGAUUUGAGUAGAUGUGGUGAACUGGUUGAUGUAUUGAUUGAUAUAAUAAUGGAAUAUUUUAAUUGUGUAUCAAUCAAUUAUUAUUCUGAUAAAGCUAGAUAUGAAAUUUCAUUACCAAACAGUAAAUUUUUAACAUAUGUAGAGUUAUUUCAACAAUCAAAAAGGGAAUACGAAGAGUUUUCAGAUGUUGAACUUGAACAAUUUUCUAUUUCAGAAGGAUGGUUACCAUUACAUGAACAGUGUUGGUGUGCAUUGAAUAUAAUUAGAAACUUUUCUUUUACACAUGAUAAUCAUAAGUAUUUGGCACAUCAUCCAAGAAUUAAAUCUUCAAAAACUGAUUUACAUAAUAAAAAAAGAUAUGCAAGGAAAAAAGCUUAUGAUAUAUUAGAAUAUCGUAAAAGUGUUCUAAUAAUUUUAUCAAAUAUUGCAGGAUAUGUUCUGAUACCUUCAAUACCAGUAGCAAGUGAACUUUUAUUGAUAAUUUCAGAUUUUCUAAAUAAUUCAGAUGAUUAUUAUGCACAGAUAGCAUUAGAAGUUUUAUCCAAAUUGACAGUCUCAUAUGAAAAUAGACAGAAAUUUGGUGAAUGUGAUGAAGAUACAUUGAAAUCAAUUUUUGAAAAACUUGUAAGAUUGUUGCCAAAAGCUGAAAGUAAUAUUUUUGGUGGUGGCAAUAUUAGUAGCAGUAAUAGUUCUUAUAAUAAUAAUUAUUAUAAUAGCAAUAUUAUAACUCAUACAUCAUCAAUUCAAGAAUUACCAUUCUUAGCUACCUUGAUAAUGUCAUUUUUUAAUUUUGCAAGUUUGAGUAAUGAAACUAUGAAAAAAAGAAUUAUAACCACACCAGGAUUUAUAAAUCGAAUGCUUAAGAUGACAUUGGUAUUGGCAAGUGUUAGAAAUAUUAGAACAGGUGUUAACGAAGUAGAUUGUGUUAUGUUAGCUAGAAGAUCAAUGGAAAUGCUCAAAGUGUUGGCUAAAGGAAAUAAAGAAAGUUUUCUUGUAUAUAAUGAACAGUUAUUAAAUGCUUUAUUAACUCCAUAUAUUGAUCCUGUUGUAGUAAAAGAUCUAGAGGGUAUUGUUAUUUAUCAUGUCGAUAUAUAA